AUAGCUCAAAGCACAACCGAGAGAGAGGCUCUUCUCCAAACCUUAUCUCUUCGGGGCCUCUCUUCUUCUCCCUCACUCUCUGUAUUGUUCAUCAAAACCUAAUCUUGUUCCAUUUCCCUCGCUCAAAUAUACCCACAGUCACCAGAAAUGGACUCCGAACGUGCUGCACCAGAAAUGGACUCCUAUGCCUCCAACCAAUCGGGCCCUGCUCCUUCAUCUUAUUCUGUUGAUGACUGGGAUAAAGAAAUUUUGAGUCAGAAGCAAACUACCGGUGUUGUGGAUGCUGAUGAUAACAAGGAUACUAAUGUUAUUGUUAAUGGCGGCGGUGAUGAUGGCGGGUCCGAUAAUGAUGGGUUCGUGAGUGGCGGUGAGGAGUUUGAGACGCCGUCCGCGGGGCCAGUUCUUAUCUAUGCAGAUGAGAAACCCGUGAAAGGGGAAGUUGUUCGUGCCGCUCUCGUGAAUUCUGAGGAAUUUUUCACGCCAAAGUCUGGGAGGCCUAUAGCCAAGGUGUCAGCGGAUGAUGACGAAGAUGACCCUUUGGGAAGUGGUAAAUUGGAGCAAGGCAGUGAUGAUAAUUUGAAUUUAGCUGAAGAGGCUAUGGGGGAGAAAUUUGAAAUUGGAGCAUCGGCGGAGGAAUUGAGGGGGGAUAUUGUGCAAAUGGAGUCCCAAAAGGAUUUGAAUAUCGGUGAGGUGGUGAAGGAGACUGGUUUCGAUCGUAGCCACGUGGAAUCUGCUCAACCUUCCGGUGACAUCAAUGAUAUGGGGUCUGAGGGCGGAAAAGUGGAGGGAAGCAUAGACUCUUUGCUUAAAGGCGGAAAUAUUGCUGAGCAGAAUGGGGUAGAAUUGCACAACUUGAAGGAUGAGGAGGCUGAACAAAAGCAGAACAAUGAGCUCGUAGAUGAAACACCGCAAGUGACUGCAGUUGAAGCUGACAGUGCUGCUGGUGCUCAAGGGGUGAUAGCAGUGGAGUCAAUUGUUGAUACUUCACAGGGGUCUGGAGCCGCUGUUGUCGGUGAUAAGGAGGAUACUGGGGUCUCUGAAAUUGAAGGGCUAGCUGCUCCGGCUGGAGGUAUUAUCCUGGAUCAUGGGUUUGAUUCAGCUGAAGGGGCUGCUGAGGAACCUUCUGGUGAGUUUGCGGCAUUGGAUCCUAAGUAUGGCCAGAAUAUUGGUAGUGUAGUCAAUGGUGACAGGAAGCCUGCGGAGAGGAAGCUAGAUGUUGAUUCUCUGGAAAAGAGUGAGAAGUUGGAUUUUGAUAGUCAUGUUGAUGCAGAGGUGAACGCUCCCCAAGAUGAUAUAAAUGUAGAGGCUCAAGCUGAUGAGGAGGAAACUAGCAGGCAUGUCAACGGCUCUGGUGAAUCUCAUGCAGCUGAACAUGUGGAUCCUAAUUCUUCCUGGAGAGAAGCAAUGAGACAAGAUGAGGAUGAUGAGGAAAAGCAUCAUCUUGGUGCUGGAGAGCAUGAUGGUUCGGUUUCAAAUCAGGAGGCUGAGGGUAUGAUUUUUGGGAGCUCCGAAGCCGCAAGGCGGUUCUUGGAGGAGUUGGAACAGCAUUCAGGUGCUGACUCAUACUCUGGUGCUGAAAGUUCACGAGAAGUCUCACAGAGAAUUGAUGGUCAGAUUGUGACUGACUCAGAUGAAGAAGUAGACACUGAUGAAGAAGGGGAUGGAAAAGAGUUAUUUGAUUCUGCUGCCUUGGCAGCUCUUCUAAAAGCAGCAACUGGUGGUGGACAAGAUGGUGGCAAUAUCACAAUAACCUCUCAAGAUGGAUCAAGGCUUUUCUCUGUUGAGCGCCCCGCUGGCUUGGGACCAUCACUCCACUCUGGAAAACCUGCUGCCCGGCCAAAUCGUGUUAGUCUUUUCACUCCUCCCAAUCUCAGAGCUGGUGCUGAUUCUGAUAGCAGUUUAAGUGAAGAAGAGAAGAAGAAAGUGCAGAAAGUGCAGCAAAUCAGGAUUAAAUUCUUAAGACUGCUUCAGAGAUUGGGUUUUACUACAGAAGAAUCUAUAGCAGCUCAGGUUCUAUCCCGAUUGACACUUGUUGCAGGUAGGCAAGGCGGGCAACUAUUUAGCUUGGAUGAUGCAAAGAGGAGUGCUUCCCAGCUUGAAUCUGAAGGAAAAGAUGAUUUGGAAUUCUCCCUGAACAUACUAGUUAUCGGCAAAACAGGUGUGGGUAAGAGUGCUACCAUAAAUUCCAUUUUUGGUGAAACAAAGACCAGCAUUAAUGCAUAUGGACCUGCCACAAGUGCUGUGACGGAAAUUGUUGGGAUGGUAGAAGGAGUGAAGAUAAGAAUUUUCGACACCCCAGGCUUGAAAUCUUCUGCCAUGGAACAAAGCAUCAAUAGAAAAGUCUUGUCUAUGGUGAAGAAGUUCACAAAAAAAUCCCCCCUUGAUAUUGUACUCUAUGUGGAUCGUUUGGACACACAGACAAGGAAUCUCAAUGACUUACCAUUACUAAGAUCGAUCACUAAUGCCCUUGGUGCUUCAAUCUGGCAAAGUGCUAUAGUCACUCUGACUCAUGCUGCUUCUGCUCCUCCUGAUGGGCCAUCGGGUUCUCCACUUGGUUAUGAUGUAUUUGUUGCUCAACGAUCUCAUAUAGUUCAACAAAGUAUAGGACAAGCCGUUGGUGACCUGCGACUCAUGAAUCCCAGUUUAAUGAAUCCAGUUUCUCUGGUUGAAAAUCAUCCUUCUUGUCGAAAAAAUAGAGAUGGUGAAAAGGUGCUUCCUAAUGGUCAAAGUUGGAGACCACAAUUGUUGCUCUUAUGCUACUCCAUGAAGAUUCUUUCUGAAGCUAGUAACCUAUCUAAAACUCAAGAUAAAUUUGACCACAGAAAACUUUUUGGUUUUCGUGUUCGCUCUCCUCCACUUCCAUACCUGUUGUCAUGGCUGCUGCAGUCACGUACCCACCCAAAACUCCCAUCUGAUCAAGGUGUUGACAAUGGUGAUUCGGACAUUGAGUUGGCUGACUUGUCCGAUUCUGAUAUAGAUGAAGAUGAAGAUGAAUUUGACCAGCUCCCUCCGUUUAAGCCUCUUAAGAAAUCUCAGAUUGCAAAGCUUAGCAGAGAGCAGCACAAAGCAUAUUAUGAGGAGUAUGAAUAUCGGGUGAAACUUCUCCAGAAGAAGCAGUGGAAAGAAGAGUUGAGACGGAUGAGGGAGAUGAAGAAAAAAGGUAAACCUACUUCAAAUGAUUACAAUUACUUGGAGGAAGAGGAUCAGGAAAGCGGAGGUCCGGCCACUGUGCCAGUUCCCUUGCCUGAUAUGGUCCUCCCCCCGUCUUUUGAUAGUAGCAAUCCAGCUUACAGAUACCGUUUCCUGGAGCCAACUUCCCAGCUCCUGACAAGGCCAGUGUUAGACACCCAUGGUUGGGACCAUGAUUGUGGGUAUGAUGGUGUAAACAUUGAACAGAGUCUAGCCAUUAUCGACCGAUUCCCAGGUGCAGUCACUGUUCAGAUCACUAAGGAUAAGAAAGACUUCACCAUCCAUUUGGAUUCCUCAGUUGCUGCAAAGCAUGGAGAGAAUGGAUCCACCAUGGCAGGAUUUGACAUACAAAACAUUGGAAAGCAGCUGGCAUACAUAGUCAGGGGGGAGACAAAAUUCAAAAACUUCAAAAGAAAUAAAACUGCUGCUGGGGUAUCUGUGACAUUUUUGGGUGAAAAUGUGUCCACUGGGCUGAAAGUUGAGGACCAGAUAGCUCUGGGGAAACGCUUGGUGUUAGUAGGUAGCACUGGGACUGUCCGGUCUCAGGGAGAUUCUGCUUAUGGUGCCAAUGUUGAAGUGCGUCUCAGAGAGGCAGAUUUUCCAAUUGGGCAGGAUCAGUCUUCACUCGGUCUUUCUCUGGUGAAGUGGAGGGGAGACUUGGCUUUAGGGGCAAAUUUUCAGUCCCAAUUUUCUCUUGGACGAAGUUACAAGAUGGGUGUCCGUGCGGGAUUGAACAACAAGCUCAGUGGACAGAUCAGUGUGAGAACAAGUAGCUCAGACCAGCUUCAGAUUGCGCUUGUUGCCAUUCUUCCAAUUGCCAGAGCAAUCUAUAGAAACUUCUGGCCCGGGGCUAGUGAGAAGUAUGCCGUCUAUUAAAUUUUGUUUGCUUUCAUGCUACUAGUUCAAGAAGUAGAAUAUGAAUUUAGCAUAGCUACUUGCUACUUGCAUCCUCUCCAAUAAUGAAUUAGUUAUUCAUCUUGUUUAGACCAAUAGAUUUCCUACUAUUUUGGGGUGAUUGUAGUGGAACUGAGACCAAACCACGAGGGAAUUUAUUCAUUACUGCUGAUUUGUUUCCUGUUAUUUCUUCUUCAUUGCUAAUAAGAGUUUGAAAUUGUCCGAGAUACUUAGGACACAGCUGCA